AUGAAAAAAGAAACAUCACCAUUUCCAUCAUCAUCAUCAUCGUCUCUUUGAUUUUUCCUCCCUUUCCCUUCUGGUUCCCACCAACUUCAAUAUCAUCUUCUCAACUUGAACAAAGUAUGCUCUUAAUGCAACUGUAAGUCUCUUUCUCUCUCUCUCUCUCUCACUCUCUCUCUUACUCGCUAAGAUAACCCACUUUUUCUUCUUUUCUUUUCAUGCUUGUCUUUGAAUUCAUGGAUUGAUUAUGUUGAUUUACUCAACAAAAUUGAAGGCAGGCAAGGCCAAAGGGGAUAAGAACCAGAAACAGGAGCUACCAAUUCAUUAUUGUUAAUCAUUCUGUUUCUGAAUCAACUCUUUCCUUUGUUCUGUUCUGCUUUGUUUUCCAUGCAUUGUGCAUAGUUCUGUUUCCAUGAUUUCUUUCACCUCAUGCAUUCUUCCUCUGGAAAUUUUUUUGAUGAUUCAAAAACGUUAUAGGAUCUGUUGCAUCAUUCUUGAUGGGUUUGUUCUCCGCAUAGAACUCUGUUUCUGCUCUGUCUUCUUAUCAUCUUGAAAUUCCUCAGCUCAAAAGCAAACCUUUUUCAGAACAUUGAUUUUAAUGGAUUCUUUGAAUGGAUCUUCUGGUUUUGGGUACAAUCUGAGUUCCAAUUCCAUGGGGGAUUUGGACAAUGGUUCUGAAUUCUCUGGAAUUCUCAACAUCUAUGUUCAUCACGCUAGGAAUAUUCACAACAUAUGCAUCUACGAGAACCAAGAUGUUUAUGCCAAAUUCUCCCUCACGUAUAACCCUGAUGAGACAACCUCAACAAGAAUUUGCAAACGAGGAGGGAAGAAUCCUGACUUCAACGAAAACUUGAUGAUGAAAGUCACUCAAGCCGAUGCGGUCCUCAAAUGCGAGAUUUGGAUGCUUAGCAGAGUCAGAAACUACAUGGAGGAUCAGCUUCUGUGUUUCGCUCUGGUUCCGAUUACAGAAAUAGCCGGAAAAGAAAGCGUGAGUCAGGAUUAUACCCUCUCCUCUACCGACCUCAUCCAUUCCCCUGCCGGUACCGUCAAAUUGACUCUUUCCCUGAAUACCUCCACACCUAUCAAACCCUCAACGGAAACCACCUGCAAUUCUUCCAUAUCAUCGGAAGUUGUGUUGCUUGAUAGAAAAAAAUCUGAAAACUUUCUCGAUCCAGUUGAGUAUUCCAGGAUCGAAUUUCCUGAUAUCAAUGUUGUUCGGGAAAAUCAGCAGUUGGUUUCAGAGUUCUUUGGGGUAUUGAAUUCAACUUCUGGUCCGCCCGGAGUUGCUUCGUUUCUUCAUCUAGGCGCGUCUCAGCACCACGUCGAUGAUGAUGGAAUAAUGGUGAAUUCAUCCGACCAGGAAAACAACGGAGGCUCUAUUUCCCCAGAUGGAAGCAUUCAGAAUUCUGGGGUGUUGAGUUCCACUAUCACAAGCCUUAGUGACGAUCGGAACUCAGCCGAUUCUUUAGAGAAGAAAAGCCGCCUUGGCGGAGAGUCAUCUAAUUCUCUGAAUACAACAUCAGUCACCGCCGAGGCUAAUGAGGGAACCGGUACUUCUCCGGACACCCCAACUUCCAAGAAAGGAAGUGACACCAAAGAGGAGAAGAAGGAGAAGGAAGAAGGCAAAAAGCAGGAAGGGAACAUGCACUGUGUCAAAUUCAAACAGGCUUUUCCAGCUCCACCAAGAAACAUCAAUAAUAAUCUUGGGGCAGAACAAUCUGCAAUGCAGCAGCAAAUAGUGGACAUGUACAUGAGGAGCAUGCAACAGUUUACAGAAUCCUUAGCGAAGAUGAAACUCCCAAUGGAUCUUGGCAAACAGGAAGGCAAAGAUGGCGGAGGCGAAACCAUUCAAAACCAUAGCAAGAAUGUAGAGCAGGAAAAGAAGGAUGGAUCGCGGGUCUUUUAUGGUAGCCGAGCAUUCUUCUGAAGUUCUAACUAAUAAUGUAUUGUAGGGACAUGUUGUUUAUGAGUAAUGACAUUAGAAGUUGAUUUUAACAUCUCUUCUAUUGAUGAGUGUAGUUUCUUGCUUUGUGCUAAUGUUCUUGAUCUCAGAGCAUUGUUAAGACAGUUUCAGAAACCAGACAUCAUCCUGUAAUUUAUGUAAUAAAAUUAGCAGUAUUUG